GUGGAUCUGUCGUGGCUAAUUGGCUAUACUGACGUGUCUGCGACGAAUUUGAUUUCCAAUUUCUUAUAAAAAAGACAAAACUAAUUGUUUUGAGAAAAAGACUACGAACAAUUAACAACCAUGGAUUUCUUCACAUCAAUCCCAACUCACAUUGACUACGUCGGGCAAGCUAAGGCAGAAAAAUUAUACAGAGCCAUCAUAACACUGUUCAGCAUCGUUGGAUUCGUUUGGGGGUAUAUUGUUCAGCAGUUCUCUCAAUCGGUGUAUAUCCUGGGAGCCGGUUUCCUGCUUGCUGCCAUCUUGACCGUGCCCCCGUGGCCCAUGUACCGCCGAAACCCUUUGAACUGGCAGAAUCCCAAGAACACGGAAGAAAAACCCGCAGGCAAGAAAGGAAAGAAAUGAUCUUGGUUUGGUUGUUAACGUAUGUUGAAAUAAAUAGAUUUUAAGACU